UAUAUAUAUAUAUCCAUGGCCAUGUCUUCUGAGAUGUGUUAUACUUGGUUUGGCGUUGUUGAGGAAGGAAGCAUGGAGAAGAAGAGAGAGGGCAUGGCUUUGUGGGUCUUUAUAGCAGCCAUAGUUUCUCAGAAUGUGGUGAUUCCUGUGAUGGGUGCAACUCCUCAAGGGCUUGGAGAUCAGAAGAACUACUACAACACUCCUUCAACACCUUCUCAGUCGCAUGCACCCAAGAGUGGUUCCUCAGGGAGUAGCAGGCACCACAGUGGAUCUCCCCCAUCUCACGGAGGUGAUGGCAGCUAUGGGACUCCGUCGCAUGGCAGCAGUGGAAGUUAUGGUACACCUUCCCACGGGAGUGGUGGUGGAGGCUACGGUAGCCCGUCUCAAGGUGGGGGGACGGGAUCACCCCCUCAAGGAGAUGGUGGUUAUGGUGGGGGGUCCGGAUCACCCCCAAGAGGAGGUGGUGGUUACUAUCACUCAUCUCCUACCACUCCUGUGUACUCAUCUCCUACCACUCCUGUGUAUGAUCCUCCCACUCCAGAUACACCGGUGUCCUACACUCCCACUGUUCCUGAUGUCUCAACUCCUGGAACUCCUUAUAUUCCUGAUCCUAAUACUAGAUUCCCCUUCAUUGGGGGUACAUGCGACUUUUGGAGGACUCACCCUGCAGCAGUGUGGGGCAUGUUUGGCUACUUCGUGACCGUCGCCGGUGCAUUUGGUUGUAUCGGCAUUCCAGGUGGUUUUGGGCAAGGCUUGAACCUCCAUCAGGCAUUGAACAACAAUCGCAAGGACGGGUUUGGAUCACUCUAUAGGGAGGGAACGGCUUCGCUCCUGAACUCAAUGGUAAACAAGAACUUCGCUUUCACGCCGGACCAGGUCAAGUCGAGCUUCAACACUGCUUUGGCAUCCGAUAAGAUAGCGGCAGCUCAAGCCGAUGUGUUCAAGAAGGCCAAUGAGGGCCUGCUCAAGCCAAGGGCUUAGUCAUGAUCGCUAUCUCACUAUCUCUCUCUCUCUCUCUCUCUCUCUCUAUUCUUUCUCCUUAGUUAUGGGUGUUUCUUUUUGUGGAAAUCUUUAAUUGUGGUUUUCAACAACCUUGGUUUCGUUGUGGUUCUUGCUGUUUGUUGAUUUUAGGUUGUGUUCAGGUGGCAUUUGUGAGAUGUUAUCCUAUAUACACUUUGUCAUCAGAAUUCUUUUCUUGGUUUGUUUUAGUUAGAUGCCUUUUGUGAGUUGUUCUUCCAUAGAAUUUAGUUAUCAUAAUUAUAUCCUCUUUUAUUGUGGGA